AAGAUGGGAAGCUGCUGCUGAUAAACACAGACACCGUCCCCUUCUCUCCAUCAAAAUCCUAAUUGCAGCGGCAGCACUGCUCCCAAAAGCCCAAGCAUCAGCAGCAGCAGAACUUCCAACAUGCCUUUCUUCAAGACACCUUUCAAUGGCUACUCCGUGAAAUUCAGCCCCUUCUACGAAAACCGCCUGGCGGUGGCGACAGCGCAGAACUUCGGCAUCCUCGGCAACGGCCGCCUCCACGUCCUCGACCUCACCCCGUCCUCGGCCAUCUCCAACCCUAUGUCCUUCGACACCGCCGACGGAGUCUACGAUGCCGCGUGGUCCGAAUCAAACGAAAAUCUCCUCAUCGCUGCCGUCGCCGACGGAUCCCUCAAGGUCUACGACGUCGCCCUCCCACCGACCGCCAACCCCAUCCGAUCCCUCCACGAGCACUCCCGCGAGAUCCAUUCCGUCGAUUACAAUCCCGUUCGCCGCGAUUCCUUCCUCUCCGCCUCCUGGGAUGACACCAUCAAGCUCUGGACCAUUGAUCGACCCGCCAGUCUCCGCACUUUCAAGGAGCACGCCUACUGCGUCUACGCCGCUGUCUGGAACCCUCGCCACGCCGAUGUCUUCGCCUCCGCUUCCGGCGACUGCACUCUCCGCAUCUGGGACGUCCGCGAGCCUGCCUCCACCAUGCUUAUCCCUGCCCACGACUUCGAGAUCCUCUCCUGCGACUGGAACAAGUACGAUGACUGCUGCAUCGCCACCGCGUCCGUUGACAAGUCCAUCCGCGUGUGGGACGUGCGGAGCUUCCGCGCCCCCGUCGCUGUGCUCAAUGGGCAUGGCUUUGCUGUCCGGCGGAUCAAGUUCUCGCCACACCAGGAGAGCCUGAUCGUGUCUUGCUCGUACGACAUGACGGUGUGCAUGUGGGAUUACCGAGUGGAGGAUGCUCUUCUUGGACGAUACGACCACCACACGGAGUUUGCGGUUGGAGUGGACAUGAGUGUGCUUGUUGAGGGGCUGUUGGCGAGCACAGGGUGGGACGAGCUCGUGUAUGUGUGGCAGCAUGGGACGGAUCCAAGAGCAAUGUGAUCACUGCAGUUACAGUGUUCUCUGUUUUCAGGUACAUUUCCAUCCAUGUUCUUUUCAUAUGUGAAUAAAUUACCGAAUAUGGAUGGAUGGAUGCCCACAUAUAAUAAAACGGGUUUCUUUGUCAUACAAUGAACAAAUGAAUGUUCAAUA